AUAUGGACAGCUUAUUCAAAAAUAAAAAGAAAGAAGUUUCGAGUGGAACAAUUAAAGGAAUUCAGGCUUUAAAUGGUCAAUACAAAAAAUUUGACGACAGCAUACGACCUGAAAGUCCAGAUCCGAUGCAAGUGCACGAAACUGACAAUCAAAAUGAACUCUUCACCGAAGUAAACGAUGGACAAUUUGUCACAUUUUUGGUCAAAGAGGAGAGUCGUAUUUUACCUGAUUCUAAUGGCACAAAGCAUGAGAUGGUUGGACCUGUUCAAACAAAUUCAACAGAUACGUUUUUAAAAAGACAAGAAAGUGUGGAAAAGACUCCGAACAGCGACAAAACUAAAAAUGUGCCCCAAAACGUGAUUUCGACUACUGAGAAUCGUAAGGCCGAAGAGAGCGACUCAUGCAAUGAGACUGAAGGUGAAGAAAACUUUUGCAAAAAAUGUAAGAUGAAAGUAACAAUUGGCAAAGACAGAGAUCUUAAAGAUAUUUCAACACAAUAUGAAGAUAAUUUCAAAGAUUUCAAACGACAGCAACCUUUCUCUAACCAUGGAGAAGAAAAUAGGGAAAUUAGGACUGAAAAACAAAUGGAGUUGCAUGAGAUAGAAUCAUUAUUUGAUACAAUACAAACCUGCUACAAAAAAUUCACUGGAAAGAACAGUGUAUUAAAUUCCAAUGCAAAGUUUUACGACAACGUUCACGUUAAUAUAAGGGACGCACUUUUAAAGAUCUAUGAAAUAAUGGAAUAUGCCGAAAAUGCCAAGAAGCAAUAUGCAAAGGACAAAAAAAAAGCAUCUCAUAUUGAGAACAAAGGAAGAAUGGAUGAUAUUCAAGGCAUGAGUGAUAGUACAGUAUCUGAUUUGUACACCAAGUUUGAGCAGCAGAAAAAAGAAAUAACUAAUGUUACUGCACAAAACCAGGCAUUGAUGUCAACUCUUCAGGAACAUACGAGGCUUCAUCGAGAACUGGAACUGAAAGUCUCUAAUCUUGAACAAGAAAAAGAAUCUCUGCUUAUAAGAUUAAGCACCAUUGCGGGAUCCCGACUUAGGGAUGGGAACCCUUCCAUUACAGACUUAAGUGAUGACAAUAGACCACUCAACGUAGCUGAGAGGUUCUCAGAACUCUAUGACAACGAGUGGUCAGAUGCUUUCGAGAAAGUAGCCAUUGGUAGAAGCGAGGAAGAAACCGUCAAGAUAUUGCUAGAACUUCUACAGAAUAUUUAUACCAGCUGCGAAAUAAUAAGUGAACAACAGCGCCAUCACCUGGGACAGUUUGGAAUAUACUUUGAUGAAGAGAUAGAUUCUCCACAUGUGAUUGCUGAACAAGGACAAAAAUCAAAGGAAAUACAACUAAUGUGUGGAACUGACUCUGUUGGUCGAGUUCAGAAGAAAAUCUUAGCUGACAAAGAAUUUCAAACCAAAUAUGGCGAAUAUAUCCACAGUUGUGAGAUUUACAUAAAAGCCUCAAUUUCCAUUUGCUGGAUGAUGAGAAUGCAAGAGGUCCCCAUGUUCUUGGAUUUUACCUGCCAAAGGGAAGAUCCUUUGAACAGAGAUUUUUACAAAGAGUACACGAAGAGUGGUAAAUUAUGUGAUUACCUAGUAUGGCCUCUUCUCCUACUGCAUAUAGACGGCCCCGUCAUGCAAAAAGGCAUUGUCCAACCUUUGUAAAUAAUCAAAACGUACUACAGUGUAAAAAUGUACAAGACGUUUAAUUACACGCAAUUGACACAUCAUUCAUAAAAUGCAUAAUAAUAUAGGGUCUGUUGAUAUCAUGACUAUGGAUUUAAUGCAAAAAGAUAUAAUUUAUGUAGAUCCUAAAUUCUUUUCUAUUUUCCGAUAUAAAAACAACCAUAUUUAUAUAGAACGUUUGUUUAUAUUAAGAUAAUAUUAUUCAAUAAAUCUUAUCAAAUUAGGUCACAAAUUAUAUCAAUAACUGAUAAAUUACUUCUGCAAUUCAAGAUAUUGCGCAAAUGUCUCCUUCUUUGAAUGUUAUUUUUAGUCUCGUUUUCUUUUAUUACAA